UUUAUUUAUUUUAAAAUGUAAUAAAAUAAUCCUUUAUCCUUUGAAGCACGUGAAUUUAUUACGUAUGUAUUUUUUGAGUGAGUGUCAAUAUCGAUUACACGUUACAUCGCCGCACCAUAUUUCUAUAGAAACCAAAUACACUACAGUACAUUAUGACCAUAUAUUCUUCCUUAAGUCUUGCACGAAAGUUAAAUGAAAUAAUUAGUUAGAAAUACAGAUCAUAAACAAUGGCGACGUCGGCACAAGUGGACAAUAUUGUUUCUUCGGAAGAACAAAACAAAAACAGAUUUUUAACGCCUAUUUUUCGUAUAAAUUUAGAAGAAUCUUUGAUUCGUAAUACAAAAUUUCUAAAGGACUUGGAACUCACAAAAGCACGAUUAAGGACUUACGCUGCGUAUACGCCAACUGAUCAAGAGUUACAGCAACGUGCGGCAGAUUACCGUAAAUAUCUGCAGAAAUAUGUCCAAAAGUCCAGCACCUCUUAAUAUAUAAUUAAAAUUGAAGUGUAUCCUUUCAACCUGAUAACUCGAGCCGAACGAACAAACUUUCAAGUGAAAAGUUUGUUGAUCGUUAGGAUCGAUGGAUCAGGCUGAUAAUUCAAACGUUGGCGUUAGUUUGACAAUAUGAACAUAUUGAUUGACAGUAUUCCCGAAUAAAAUUCUUUUAUCUGAACAGUUACGUAAUUUUAUACAAUAAAAAAUGUUGCAUACUUACAAUAGAACGAUGAUAUUAUAGUCAUUUCUAUGGCAGAAAACAAUAGCUGCAACGAGAAUAGAGGAAAAAAAGAACACGUAGUCAAGUACGAACGGUAUUCACCUGUUGAAAUGGAAUAUUCAUGUUCAUUUUCUACGUGUGGCGACAUUAUCAUCGCUCGUAAUUACUGACACGCAGACCGUAUAUGUACGAUAGGAUAACUUCGUUCAGGAGUUACCUGAUAACGACCUAAACUAAUAAUUCGACGAAAACCUAUAUAAUACCUCUGCGUUAAAUUCCAUCCACGCGUAAAUCUAUGUUUGGCCUUUGCGAAGACAUUAAAAUGUACUAUUAUUAUUUAUCGCUUUUGCAGAUUAAAUUAAAUGCGCGUGACAAGAAUCAUGAUAUAAAAACGUAUAACAAAGUAUAACACGAUAUUUUAAAAAUAUUGUAAAUUACUUCAAUAAAUCUUUGUCUUAAUCACUCUAUACUGAUCAAAAAUUUCAGAAGAACUGAUAUGUAACAGCUGUAACGAAUGAAGUACUGCUACAUAAUUUUAUAUUUUUACGUGGCAUCGGCUCGCCAAUUGAAUAAACAAAUUAACAUUGAUGUUUUCUAGAUUUGACCGUUAUAGAUAAUCGAAGAACAUCUGUAUCAAUACUGUUUUAUCUUUCUUUUGUAAUUUAGUCCGCGCGAUAUCGUUACUUUUCGUAAUUCCAACGAAUGUUAUAAUUGACAAUACAAUUCAGUGGGAUAAAAGAAGUAAUAAAUUUUGUUCAUUUCUUUUAUUAUAAUAAAUAAUUUAUUUUAAUAAAUAAUAAACAAUUAUGUUACGUUUAAACAUAUAGUUACACUUGGUAUUAUUAAGUACAAUACAUUUUGUCAACAUAUAAAAAAGUUGCAACAAAACAGAACGCAAUGAUAGCAGGUAACGCGUUGGUAUCAUUUACUACCGAAUUAUGUAUGGAAGCAUAAACUGAUACAUACUGCUGGUGCAUUAUCAUUCUUAUCAACUUAACGGAAUACCCAUUAAAACAAUUAUGCAUCCAUAAAUAUUAUAAAAAUGAGGUUCAUUGCUUUUUUGAAUAAUAACAUUUAUUUUUGUUGAAAUAUUUUUAACU